AUUUAUUCCUCUCCUAUAUUCAUCCUCGUCUCCAUUUAUAUUCAAUAUUGAUCGCAGGCUCGCCCGAUCACUCUACUGCACCAAUAAAUACACUCAGGAUCCUAAUAUUCAGCCUGCAAUACGUCUUAUGAGCAUUGCAUGGCAAUUGCAUUCACAAGAGGACAGAAACGACAAAUCAACCCCAUACGAGAGUGAUAAAUAAUCUCUCACCAUGCCUCCGACGCGUCGAAAUUUAUUUCAGGGUCAUCUUAACCGUCGACCUCCAUCUGCAACAGCUUCAGCGUCAACUUCGACCUCAGUAUCCUCAAACAACAGCCACCAAGCUUCAGCACUGGGCCCAAACAAUCAUAUACCCGACAACCCCAAAGUUACAAUCUCAAAUACGACCUCAUCGAGCGCCAGCUCUGCACUCAUACCCGCGCCCUCAGACACUGGCAGCGACAUUAUCGCAAGAGAUAAGAAUGGGAAUUUCCAGUUAGACAUUCCGGUCUUACCGCCCGUUUUGCUGGAUGAAGAAGCAGACGAAGAAGCUAUGGAGGGGAUUGAGGAAGGUCGGCCUAGUGGUGGUUCUGGAAGUUCAGUCGCAAACGGCGGCUCAACGGUUGAUUCAGAGCUUGUUGGUCGGGAUAAAGAUAAACUUGAAGCGAAUCUUGUCGAAUUGAUGCAGCGGAAUCGUAAUAGACACUUGAAUAGUGAGCCAGAAAUUCUCAAUCUGAUCCAGCAAAGUUUGCGCAAUAGAGUCGCUGCGCUAGAUGAAGAUAAUUGGAUGUUUGAAAUUGAGGACGAAUCACCUGUCUGAGUCGACCACAAAGUGGAAUAAAAUACCUAACGAGUAAUAUGAAGACAGCUAUG